AUGGAUCAAGAUCAUGAUAUUGAUGAUGACGACAAUCAUAACGCUAAUGGUGCUGAUGAUGAUGACGGCACUCAUGAAGCUAAUGAAGAUGGUGAUAAUGAUGUUGAUCAAGAUGACGUUGCUGUUAUUGAUGAAGAUCAUGUGAAUGAAGAUGAUGAUGACAACGAAGAUGAUGAUGAUGACAGUCAUGAAAUUAAUGAUGAUGUCGAUAAUGAUCCCAGCGUGCAGAAUACUGAAGAAACUGUGAAAAAUAAACUGAAUCAAUUUGAAAAACAUGUGCUGAUCAAGCAAACGAGUAAACACCUGCUAAAAGUGCAGAAAUUCCCAAAGAACAGAAAAAUAUUCUAA